CUUGGUAAUGGUACCGCGCUAAGUGGACGUCAGGAUGAUCGCAAAAAUAUAUUUAUUGAUUUCGGAUUAUUGAUUAUUUUCAUAUUAACCCCUAAAAGUUCAUUAUUUCAAUUAAUAUCCCUAUAUUUAAUUUGCUGGGUGAAAACGCUGCCGCUCUCUUCUCUUGUUCACGUUCCUGCGCCAAACACAGAGAAAAAGAGAAACAGAAACAGAAGUCAGAAACAAAAGAGAAGAAACAAAUAGAGAGAACAUGGGGCAAGAAGAGAUUGUAACACCAGGAGAGGUAUUGGGUAAAGCAACAGAAGUCAAAGCUGGAAAGGGAGCCUACGUGGCCAAACACAAUGGCGUCGUCUACGCCUCUCUCACUGGUUUUCUCCGCACUGUAUCCCCUCCUCCUGAAUCUCCUGACCAGAGACCAACCAUGGAAGUUACAGGUCUGAAAGCUCAUGGUGCUGUUCCAGAGACUGGUUCUGUUGUAAUUGCCCGUAUUACAAAAGUGAUGGCAAGGAUGGCUUCGGCUGAUAUUAUGUGUGUUGGCCCCAAGUCUGUGAGAGAGAAAUUUACUGGCACAAUCAGGCAGCAAGAUGUUAGAGCAUCUGAGAUUGAUAAAGUGGAUAUGCAUUUGUCAUUUCGUCCUGGUGACAUUGUCAGAGCUCUGGUUCUUUCCCUUGGAGAUGCACGGGCUUAUUUCCUUUCUACUGCAAAAAAUGAACUUGGUGUUGUUUCCGCAGAGAGUGCAGCAGGCGGAACAAUGGUCCCGAUAAGUUGGACAGAGAUGCAGUGCCCUUUGACAGGUCAAAUCGAGCAAAGAAAGGUUGCUAAGGUUGAGAAUUUUCUUCUUUCUCCCACCAUGUCGACCCUCACUUGCUCCGUCUCUGACCUCGCUCCUCUUCUAGGAACCUCCUUCAAUGAAACAUCUGCCGCUGCCACCUAUAUCUGCUCCCGCUUUCAAACAAUCAACAGCACUCUCUCCGACACUUCUUAUGCCGUCAACACCACCUAUCUCCUCUUCUCAGCCUACCUCGUCUUCUCCAUGCAGCUGGGCUUUGCCAUGCUCUGCGCCGGCUCCGUUCGCGCCAAAAACACCAUGAACAUCAUGCUAACCAACGUCCUCGACGCUGCAGCCGGUGCCAUCUCUUAUUACCUCUUUGGCUUCGCCUUCGCCUUCGGCGCAUCCUCUAAUGGCUUCAUUGGCCAUCAUUCCUUCGGCCUCGAAAAUGUUCCUUCAAGCCAGACUGACUACAGCUUCUUUCUUUAUCAGUGGGCUUUCGCCAUAGCCGCUGCUGGAAUUACCAGUGGCUCCAUUGCUGAGAGGACCCAGUUCGUUGCUUAUUUGAUUUACUCCUCCUUUCUAACCGGGUUCGUUUACCCGAUAGUUUCCCAUUGGUUUUGGUCCACUGACGGGUGGGCCAGCGCCAACCGAACACAUGACCUUUUAUUCGGGUCGGGUGUCAUCGAUUUUGCCGGUUCGGGUGUAGUCCACAUGGUCGGUGGGAUCGCUGGGUUGUGGGGUGCUUUUAUUGAAGGCCCAAGGAUUGGUCGGUUUGACCGGUCAGGCCGGUCUGUGGCUUUACGUGGACAUAGCGCAUCGUUGGUUGUUCUCGGCUCCUUUUUGUUGUGGUUCGGAUGGUAUGGGUUUAACCCGGGUUCAUUUUUAACUAUAUUAAAGAGUUAUGGUGAGAGUGGAGGGUAUUAUGGACAAUGGAGUGCCGUCGGGAGGACAGCUGUCACUACCACAUUGGCUGGGUGCACAGCAGCUCUUACAACCUUGUUCGGUAAAAGACUGCUGGUGGGUCAUUGGAAUGUAACUGACGUUUGCAAUGGUUUAUUAGGGGGUUUUGCUGCAAUCACCUCGGGGUGUUCAGUGGUAGAACCAUGGGCUGCAAUCAUCUGCGGCUUUGUAGCAGCUUGGGUUUUGAUAGGGUGCAACAAGCUCGCAGAGAAAUUAAAGUACGACGAUCCACUGGAGGCAGCCCAAUUGCACGGUGGGUGCGGGUCAUGGGGAAUACUCUUCACGGGCCUAUUUGCAAAGAAGGAAUACGUGGAUGAGGUGUAUCCGGGGCUGCCAAGGAGGCCAUUCGGGUUGUUCAUGGGCGGUGGAGGGAGGCUCUUGGCUGCUCAAAUCAUACAAAUUUUAGUAAUAUCGGGGUGGGUGUCGGCCACAAUGGGCCCACUAUUUUAUCUGCUGCACAAAAUAAAACUGUUAAGGAUAUCAAGCGAGGAUGAGAUGCAAGGGAUGGACAUGACGAGGCACGGAGGAUUUGCAUAUGUGUAUCAUGAUGAAGAUGACCCAUCAAAUAAACCGACGUUCAUGAUGAAAAGAAUUGAGCCUACCAAUGAAUCCGCAACACCUGAAAUUUCUCCACCACCAACAAAUCUGCACGUGUGAUAAAAUAAAGAGUUAAAAAACACGUCGUAUGAUAUCGUUUAAGAUUUAGGGUUUUGUUUAGUUUUUUAUGGUAACUGAAAAUGAACAUACAGAGCAAGAAAUGUGGUUUAAAUUGAAAGUUGCAUGUAUUUUGGUGUGUUCUUGCAUGCCUUACUUUCAUGUAUAAUAAUUAUAAAAGAAUAAAUAAAAAAGAAAAAGGGUUGAUUUUAACAUUUUAAA